CACUGAACUGAAUAGCAAGAAAUCCCCAAUUCCAAAUCAGUGAGAGAUUUUUGGAACCGAAAACAAAAUUUGAAGGGAAAAAACCUCGCCAAUGUCGGGCGGUUGGAGGAGAGCAAUCGGUAACGCGAGGUCCUUUGUUGGAAAUUCUAUGGGCGGCCUCAGAGGCGGCAGCAGUUUAGCGUCGUGGGCGGUCGCUGGAACCCUAGCUUAUUUCCUCUGGGUUCGGCCGUCGCAGCAGCUCAAAAGAGAGCAAGAGGAACGAGCUGCGUUGGCGGCGGCGUCAGAUUCUUACCGGUAUGUUGAGAAGAGGAAACCGAUUCCAGAUCCUCAGGAAACCGGAUUGAUUUACGGGAACAAAAGUGGAGUGAAAAAAUCUGAGUGAAGUUAUUGGAAGAUCGAGAUGGCUACUAAUGACUACGAUUGCAGCCAAAAGCGAUAGAAAUAAACCGGUAUGCACAAAUUCAAAAUCUGAAACCAAAGUUUAAAUCACGGGAUGUAACUAGAGUUCUGUAAGCAGUCUAGAUCAUGGAACGUUGAAUGUCGAUGGUCAUGGUCUUUAUAUACAUUUUGUAAAAUUCCGUUUUGGUAUUCUUGUGUAUUUAACCCGUACA